CCUGAUGCUUGAAUCCUGCGCUCUACUAGGUACAUCUAAGUUACCAAGUCUUACUAUUCCCUCCGUCUCCAGCUUACCUUUCUGCCUACCUAAAUUAUUUUUCUUGUGUGCCCAAUCGCCCCCAAAUGGCUUCAGUUGUUUUGUAUGCAGCCGGUGCUGUUGGGCUGUGGGCGGCUGCAAGGUUUUACAACCAGCAGCCAGCUACCAAUCCAACGGCCUGCACCCUCCUCAGUUCCCAACUUCAAGGACUGGUGUCUCCCACCCACAGUCCCGGCUACAACGAGUCCAUCGGUUCUUUCUUCAGUUACCAAGAACAAAACGUCCAUCCUGCGUGCGUGGUCCGACCCACCUCCGCCCAAGAUGUCUCGAUCAUUGUUGAGACCAUGGCUGUCGCGCACCGCGAGCGGGGGGAGCAGUUCGCCAUCCGCAGCGGCGGACACGGCUUGUUUGCCGGUGCAGCCAACAUUCAGGACGGCGUCACCGUCGACCUCCGCAGCAUGAGCACCGUCGAGGUGAGUUCCGACCGUGCGACCGUGCAGAUCGGAGCAGGAGCCCGCUGGCUCCAGGUCUACCAGGUCCUGGAUCCGCUCAACAUCACCGUCACGGGGGGACGCGAUGCGGCCAUCGGGGCCGGAGGCUUCCUGACGGGCGGUGGCACCGGGGUCCCCAGCGUGACGACCGGAUGGGGCUGUGACGACGUGCUGGAGUACGAGAUCGUCGUGGCCAGCGGGGAGAUCCUGCGCGUCUCCGGCGACAGACAUCCGGACCUCUUCGUGGCCCUGAAAGGCGGGUCGAACAACUUCGGCGUGGUGACCCGGUUCACCAUGCGGACGCACCCGCUCGGCAAGCACUGGGCGGGCUUCACCGCAUACCCCGGGACGGAGGCGCCGCGCCUCCUGGCCGCGUACUCGGACUUCAUGGAGCCGGCAGGCCUGGACCCCCACGCGGGCUUGAUCGAGUCGUACGGGUGGACGAGCAAGCAUGCGGCCAUCCAUGCGACCCUCAUCAUGCUAUACGCCCAGCCACGCCCGUACCCCGCCGUCUAUCAAAACCUGAUCAACAACAGCACGGUGCUGUAUAACACCUUGCGAGUGACAAACAUGUCUGACUUCGCCGUCGAGGAGGAUAGCUACCAGGUUUCUGGAUUUAGCACAAUGUAUUACACCACCACUUUCGCCCACGAUCCUGCCGUGUACUCGGCCAUCUUCGACCUGUACAACAGAUCCGUGGCCUCAAUCUCGGGGGUCAAGAACAUGAACUGGUACAUCAGCUUCCAGCCCACCCCCGCCCUGCACGCCCGCAACAGCUUGGGUCUGGAUCCCGCCGACAAUCGACUGGUCAUUUUUCUGCUGGUGGCUUUCUUCCCGGAUCCGAGUGAUGCAGAGCUGGUUCACGGGACGGCUAAGUCGCUCACCGAGGCGAUUGAGGGACUCACCAAAGAUGCCGGGGUGUAUCGACCGUUCAAGUAUAUGAACUACGCCGAUGCAGCCCAGGAUGUCAUUUGGGGGUAUGGGGAGGAGAGUGUGGCGGCGCUGCGGCGGACGAGUCGGAAGUAUGAUCCCGAGGGAUUGUUUCAGACGGGUGUGCCGGGAGGGUUCAAGCUCUUUGUGUAGAGGGCUUGUGUUGCAGCAUUUCCUCCGGUUGGGAUGGGAGGGUGUGUUGCCGGACAGGUCUCGGCAGGGAAUCCAACUGACUCGCUGCCGCGGAAAUACAUUCUCGAGUAUUGCGGUAUCAUAGAGCGAAGACUGAGCAUGAUGCUUCAGUUGUUUUCGAGAUAAAAUCAAGCGAGAGCAAUUGUCAUAGGACACAGUACCUACUAAGUUAGACUGACGAGUGCCUCAAAGAGCUUCCCAAACAUGAUGCAAAACAAGUCUUUGAU